AUGCCCUCCGGUAUGCGAACAUAUGGCACUCGAAGACGAUAUGUCAGUAAAGAUAAUGCCAUAUGGGCCUCAUUAGAUGAAUUGCCUGAGGCAUUGCAUAAAAUUGAUACUAAUGUAACGAAUAACGAACUCAAUAAGCGUAGGUCGUCUUUUUCACUUAAAAUCGAUAAAAAAUCUUCAAUUGGUAAAAAAGAUGAAGAUAAUUCAGUUAAAUCAUUACCUGAUGCUGUCGAUAAAGUUGAUGGAAGGCGUUCAAAGAGUAAUUUACGUUUGGUGCCGACGAUUAUUGUUCCAAGUCGUGGUAGGGAUAUUAAUGAAACAAAUAAUAAUAGUACUGUUAAUACAUCUAUCUAUAAACCGAAAUUUGCAUCGCAAAUAAAUACAGAGUUUCAAGAAAAAUCUUCAAAAACGUCUACCCAUCUUGAAUACCUACUAGGCUUAGCGGACCAACAAAUGCCAGUUUCUUUUAGAGACUAUAUAAAAUCGAUCAAAUCCCCUGUAUACAAAAUUGGAGAAGCUAGCUAUAGUGAAGUUUUCAAGGUAGAGGAAGAUGAGCCAAUUGUUUUGAAGAUUAUGCCUUUUGGAAAAAGAAAUCAGAUUCGCUGCGCAGACAUAAUAAACGAACUGAAAAUUACCAAGAGUCUUAGUAAACUUGAAGGUUAUGUCGGUCUUCGACGUGCAAUUAUUGUCAAAGGAACAUAUCCGUCUGCUUUAAUUGAAGAAUGGGACAAAUACGAUAUACAGAAAGAAUCCGAGAAUGAACGACCGGAUCGGUAUCAUUCAUCUCAGUUAUAUUGUAUACUAUGCUUGAAUCAUAGUGGUACGGACUUGGAACAUGUGGAACUGUCCAAUUGGUUUGAAGCCUGGGGAAUUUUCUAUAAAACAGUGAAAAUUCUCUCCAUUGGAGAAAGAAAUUUUGAAUUUGAGCAUAGAGAUAUGCAUUGGGGGAACAUCUUAAUAAAUAAACGAAACGACGAAGACCUUUCAUGCUUACUUGAUGAAGUGUCCUUUGAUGAAUUUCAUUCUUCUGAUACUUCAUCGACGCUGUCUGAACGAAGCUUUACUAGUGACUCACUGGAAAUUACCUUAAUUGAUUUUACACUAGCUAGGAUGCGACAUUCAAGCCUAUCGUCUCCUAUUUUCAACGAAUUUGAUGACCCUGAUUUGUUUGUUGGACAAGGUGACUACCAAUUCGAUAUAUAUAGAUUAAUGUCCAAAGUUACAAAAGGGCAAUGGGACGGAUACUUUCCGAAAACUAACAUUCUGUGGAUACAUUAUUUAUUACACCAAAUACUGUAUAAGAAAACCAUACCUAAACCUCGCGAUCCUCGGGAAAAAUCAUUAAUGGAGCGUCUUAAGGAUUUGUAUACGCUAUUAGAACCGUUUCAAGGUUAUCGAAGAGGCUCCUGUCCUCUGCAGAGGUGCAUGUUUUCAUCAGCCACUUCUCUUGACGAAUGGGUCAAUCAACAUUUUGAUGAAUGA